UCACCUACCAUCAAUCCAGAUCAUCAGAGAAUCCAAGUGCUUCAAACAAUCUAACGGCUGAAAUAAAUCACUCACACUUUCCAUGGCUACUGCUUCUUCAUCUCUCACCUUCCCCACUUCCCUGCCAAAAUUUUGCAGACCCUCCUCCAUUUCUAUAACCCCACCACCACAGGUAUCCGUUUAUUUUAAGAAACUCUCUAUCAGUUCUUCUUUAAAGAUAUCAAAAAGAACAACAACAAGGGCGUCAUCCAUGGCUUCUUCUGGGAUCACCACCAUUGAUCAGAGUAACAAGAAGGUAGUGGAGGUGUUUGAUACGGAGGAGGAUUUGGCUGUGUCUCUUGCAAAAUACACUGCUGAUUUAUCUGAUAAGUUUGCUAAAGAAAAAGGGGCUUUCACUGUUGUUGUAUCUGGUGGUUCUCUCAUUAAGUCCCUUAGGAAAUUGGUGGAGGCACCUUAUGUGGAUUCAAUAGAUUGGUCAAAAUGGCAAGUGUUUUGGGUGGAUGAGAGAGUUGUUCCCAAAGAUCAUCCAGACAGUAACUACAAACUUGCUUUUGAUGGUUUCCUCUCAAAGGUACCAAUACCCCCUGGUAAUGUUCAUGUCAUCAACGAUGCCCUGUCUUCUGAGGGUGCUGCGGAUGAUUAUGAAACUCGUCUCAAACAUCUGGUUCAUACUGGUGUGAUAAAUAUAUCUUCAUUGAGCGGGUUCCCAAAGUUUGAUCUCAUGCUUGUGGGAAUGGGUCCAGAUGGACAUGUAGCCUCUCUGUUCCCUGGCCAUCCACUCCUCAAGGAAAACCAGAAGUGGGUUACUCACAUCACAGAUUCUCCAAAACCACCCCCACAGAGAAUUACCUUUACCUUCCCUGUCAUCAACUCAUCUGCAUAUAUUGCUCUUGUGGUGUGCGGUGCUGGUAAAGCUAGCAUAGUGCAGACAGCAUUGGGAAAGAUUCAAAACUCUGAGGUGUUUCCUGUUCAAAUGGUUUCAUCUGAAGGGGAGUUGAAGUGGUUUUUGGACAAAGAUGCAGCUUCAAAGCUGUAGGAGAGCAAAUGUAACUUUAUGAGUUCAACAAAUAAGAGUCACGAGCUGCAUGAUUGUUUCUGCUGUGUUGUUGAUCAGUAGAUGUGCUACUCGUUGUUGUAAUCUCAGUGAUAGUUUUGGAUUAGUGGGGAUUUUCUUCUUGUACUUGGUCAAUCAAAAGACUUACAUUGUAUGGAAUGUUGUUAAGCAGCUUUUUAAAGAGAAUUGUUUUUGCUGAUAAAA